AUGCCCGAGGUCGAAGAGAAUGAUCUUCAGCCAUUCUUUGUUCUUCAUAAAGCUUCGUCCCGGAGAAAAGAUAGAACACCAACUGCACAAGAAAAAUUGUGCAAGAGAAAUGAGUUAUCUACAUCACCACAAAGUGCAAAGAAGCUGGGAGGAAGUAGGACGGAAGAAUGUGAUCACCGUUUGCUUCAGCAACUGCAGAUUGAAGCUUUUGACAUUGUUUGGGCAAAGAUUGAAUCUACCAUUAAGGAUGUUUUAAGAGAUCUCAAAGCCAGUGUAUUCAAUGAUAUACAACAAUGGGUUUUGGAGUGCUGCAACGCUACUAAGUUGCUCGGAGAACCUACUAUUGCUGAAGCAACUCGGUCUUUUCCUCUCCUAAGUAACACUACUCCUGGGCAGCUGUUCACUGCUUUCGUUGUUACCAGAAACAUAGAGUUCGUUGAUGAUGUCUUGACAUUUGAAGAGCUUGGCCAUUUCUUGAAAUCCCAUGGAUGCCAUGUGGCUAAACUUUCAUCACUAGAGUUUUCAUUGAAAAAUGGGAUUGCUGGUUGCUUGAAAGCUCUAUUGCGAGAGUUUCUAGGAUGUGCCAUCGACGUGCCAAUUAUCCUCAUAUUUGGAGUUGCAACGACAGUGGAUACCCCUAGAAACGUGCUCCCAUCACAUGCUCUUGAGCGCUUGUGUCCGUCUAGUUUUAUGCUUGGAACACCUGCAGAGAGAAUGGAUGCAAUAGUUGAGGCUGUUUUUGUGAAACAUUGCACCAUGUUUAGUAUUGGUCAUAAAGUGGCAGCCUUCCUAAGAAAUUACUUCAUCAACCAGGAUGGGACAAUAACAUCCUUUAUUAGAGCUUUGAAGGUAGCUUGCUUAUUGCAUUUCUCAAUGGAACCUCUAAGUCUCCUACAUGGGCGAACAAUAGCUGAAGAUCAGAAAGAAGGAAAAUCUGCACUAUCACCUGGGACUCUAUUGAAAUACAUAGAUGAACUUCCAUUGUAUACAAGGAAUCAAAUGGUUGAUCAUCACACUAAAAAAAGCAUGGCCGAGGGUUUGUCAGAACUGGUGACAGUACAAAAGCUAUGGAGCACUACAGUUCUUUGCCUAUAUGAAGCUGGAAAAUAUGGCAGAGUGCAACUGUUGGAUUUGUUUUGCGAAGCUCUCAAUCAAGAUUUGAACCUAUCAAGCGAUUCUGAUCAUCAUGUGAGGGAUGAAAGAUAUUGUGGUUUGUCUUCGACAAGUGAUCCCCGUCCACAAUAUUCCAUCAUGCAAAGCAGUGGUUUUAUUGGCCAGAUAGUACGCAAAGUCAGGGAUCUUCCCACAGGAAUGCUAUAUCAUUUGAUUGAGAGUUGGGAAAGACUUACUGCAGAUAUUUCAGAGUAUAACACUCACACAGCUCAAUUUCGUGGUCUAUUUAGUUUAGGAAUUUUGGAAACACUGGUGGCAUGCCAGUGUUUAGACAAAUCAUUGAUUCAUCAUAUAAUUUGUGGGAUUGGCAAGAUUCACGAGAAACUGAAAGUGUUGCAAUCUUCAGUAAGAUGUGAAGACGGAAAGAGUUCACGCAAGAGUUCCAAGGACAAUCCCAAGAGAUUUGCGUCCAGGAUUUCAGUAAGCACUGAUAACGAUGCGAGAAUAUUAAAUUCACAAGCAAUCGCAUUUUUAGACUGGCUAGUUGGGAAUUUUUUGAAGCCCAUUGAAGGCAUGCCUUUCCACGAAAUUUUAUGCUUCAAGAAUGUUGAGAAGCUUCAAUUGGUUUUGAUUGGAGAUCCAAGAAGAAGAAUUCAAGUUGACCUGUUGGAUUUCCAUAUGAUUUUAAGGUGUAGCUGCUGCAGCAAGAGUGGGAAUGCCCUAUUGCCAUCCAGGCAUGAUUCAUCAAUAAUGUAUUCUCUGGCUCAAGAGCAUGGAGAUCUUAUCAAUCUUCAUGACUGGUUCCAGUCUUUCAGAACAAUUGUUCUUCAACAUAAAAAUAAACGGAAACAAAACACAAAGCAAUCGCCCCAACCAAAGAAGAGAAAAGAUACAAAUGGAUCUGCAGACCAAAACGAAGCAUCAAUUCAAGCACGCUUUUGUAGGGCAGUCACAGAGCUGCAGAUCACUGGACUGGUUAGAAUGCCCAGCAAGAGACGCCCAGAUUUUGCGCAAAGAAUAGCCUUUGGACUUUAA